AUGAAAACUCUUUUUUCUUCUGUAGCCACUACCGCUACAACUGUAACUACAACUACAACCACAAGGAGUAUGAUUCAACUGGCACAACCGGGUGAUCCGAUUUUUGGAAUUUGCAAUACAACUGCUGGUGGUGAUAGUACACCAAGCGUAAUAUCGGGUACGAAUCCAUGUAACUUUUAUACGGGAGAAAUACCGUCGAAUGCGAUUGACAAUAAUUAUUUAACAAAAUACACAAACUUUGGAAGUGGUACGAUUUCCACCUCAAGCCCGACCCAAGGGUGUAACACAGGCUUUUAUACUACACCUUCAAUGGGUCCAUCUGUUCUUAAAGCGUUUGUAUUUAUAACAGGAAACGAUAACCCAAAUCGCGACCCGACUGCAAUCACUAUAGAAGGAAGUAAUUCAACUACUUCGUUAACAAUAGGCACUAGUUGGACAUUGAUUUAUUCCGGACUGUGUGGUCUUUCAAGUGACCCUGGACGCCGUAUGAGUGGAGUUCAACAAAGAUUUACUAGUAAUACGGUUGCGUAUCUAAGUUAUCGACUACUAAUAACGACACAACGAGGAUCCGAGUGUAGUGUUCAGUACUCUGAAGCAAUUUUUCUUGGUUAA